UAGCUAUUUAAAGUGUGAGUUCAACUUCCUGAGACCAACUCAGGAAGUUGAAAUGUAGCCUUAAAUGUAGCUUUAGUGUGUGUGUGUGUGUGUGUGUGUGUGUGUGUGAGCGAGAGAGAGAGAGGAAGGGAGAGGGAGGUAAAGAGAUUAUGGAAUGCUGUGAUGUCAUCAGCUCAGUCAUACACACAAAGACGAGGAGGACCCACAGGCGCUGUGACUCCCUCAGCUCAGUUAGCAUACUCUGCUGUGGAGCGGCUGUCUACAUCCCACUAUUGUGCCAAAGAUGACCUCCUCCAAAGAAAUCUGACAUCUUGAUGGGGAAACUGAGCACAUUAUAGAAAGGAAGCAGGAUUUGUGUGUGUGUGAGAGAGAGAGUGUGUGUAUGAGAGAGAGAGAGAAAGACAGUCUGUAUGAGAGAUAGUACAGCUUGUACAAAAGCAUGUGUAGAAAGAGCAAGAACCUUAAUUCAUGACUUCAAGAGUGACUUUAGAGACAAACAAGAAGCUACAAAAGUCCUCUGCUGACAUGAGACCAUAAAUCAUCCUUACACACUGUGCACUACGACAAGCAAGCUUCAACUGCUUGCCAAGUGGUACCAGGUUAACGUACCAACCAUUUGGCCGCCAACAUGCUGCAGCAGAUCUUAAAGGACAUGUACAUUGACCCUGAGGUGCUGGAAGCCCUCAACGAAGAGCAGAAAAAGACACUGUUCCUGAAAAUGCGCCAAGAGCAGGUGCGGCGCUGGAAAGAGCGGGAGGAGAAACUGGAAAGAGAGGGGGGCGACGCAGAGUCCAAGAGAGCAAAGCCAAGAAAAGCCAACAAUAAGAGUGUCAGCUGGCAGCUCGGCCGGGAUGGGGACGUGGCGGUUGUUGUGAUUGGGGAGGUGGAUGAGCUGAGCUCCAAAUUCAUCUGCUCAGGAUUUGGAGAGAAGAAGACUCCAAGCCUGCAGAACAACCCGAGCCAUCAAACUAUACUGAAGGACAGAAAAAACACGGAACCUGUCAAGACUGAGAGAGAGAACCUCCUUUCUAAAACGCAACCCGACGUCUCCCUGAAUCUAAAGGGGAAAAGUGAGGAGGCGAGCGGUUUACUCCCUCUGCCGGUGUCAGUGAGCGAGCAUUCACCGCCUACAGCAACUGCAAAGCUCGAGUUGAAGUCAGCCAUUGCAACCGAGGAGAAGUCAGUUCCCCAGCCCUCCAUCUGCUCCAGGCCUCCCAUGAGAGCUAACGCUGUCAAGACGAGACCGGCUUCUGCAAAUGCAGCACCAGACUAUGUCAACACGAGACCUGGCCUCACAAAUCUGAGGCUGGCUACCGCCGUGCCAUACUCUUCUCCCGGCAGCGCUGUCAAAAUAGACUCUGGCAUGACGUCAUCAACCAAAGGGAGCCUGCAGUCAAAAGAACCCCAGAAGCCACAGGAGUCACCGGGUGGUAAAGAUAUCUGCGAAUCAGAAAAGCUUCAAAAGGCUAGCUCAGAGGAGCCUUGGACGUCAGGGAGUGCACCAGUCUGCGCAGGGCGUGGUCGUGUGGCUCAGCUGAUGAAAACCUUCAGUGUCGAUCGCGCUACAAACCCUGCACAGACCCCUUCCCGUGGGAUUAAGCCACCCCUUCCCACAAAACCUAGCCACUUGCGUCAAACGAGCACACCUACUGUCAGGUAAUCCGUACACUGGUGAACAGGCACCCACCCAAGCUUCAUGCAUCCCUGUGAUUCAGAUCACCUACUGUGAUGCCUCAUUCAGAGGCUUAAUGGGAUGGACUCCAAAGGUGGUUUAGAAGUGGUAACGUUUGCAUUGUUGCUGUCACUCUGAAUGCACAGUGAUGGAAAUGCUUGAAUGUAAUGGUUUUCUUUUAUUGUUAUUAUUAUUUUUGAUGCUGCAGUACUGUAAACACUCUUUAAGUCAAAAGAAUUCCAAAGAAGUGGAUUGCAUUUGAAAGUUUUUAAACAUUUUUGCCAGGAAAAUGAUGGCGCACAUAUUUUCAAAUGAAUUUACUUGUUACUGAUGCUUUUCACUUCAUACAAGCAUGAAAAAAUGUGCUAUUUUUCUAAAACACAGUUUUUACCCUAAUUCACAAAGUCCGCGCACACGAUAUUUACUGACACGUUGCCUUUUCUUUUGAUUGCUUAUAAGACAGUUUACAUUCGCUGGUGUGCACACAUGCCUGGUUCUGUUUUUCCUCCUUAUUUCUGUCUUCUUGAACAAAAGAAUGGGCAUGGGGGGGCAUGAGGGUGUUAAAGAAGGCACAGUAGAGGCCUCCUUUAUCUUGCUGUCUCCUCCCUGGGAAUAGUGUAGAGUUGUUUAUUUGUCAUAAUGCAAUGUAUGUCUCCCUCUGCCACCUGGCAGGAGGCUCACUGCGACCUGUUGUGGACCAAUGACAGUGCCAAAUGCACUCAUCUGUCACUCCCAGUGGAUCAAAUCCUGGCAAGUUAGACAGUUGCUGCCAAAUAAUCCAGCGUUUCAUGUUUUUGAGCUGUGUGACUGUACUUUUUGCUUAUUGUUUUUUUGGUUUGUUUUUUAAAUUUUUCUAUAUGAGGAGUGAGAUUUUGUGAUGGGAUAUUUAACAUUACAGCAAUGUUCACUUAUAAAAUGAGGGACAUUUUUUUUUUUCUCUUUUUUUGAUGUCAAGGUUUUGUGGUACAGUCAAUGAAACAAUAAAACUGCAUAACUUGUAUACCCGAGUCUUUUAAAGUUUGUGUGUGUGUGUGUGUGUUUACUUUCUUAAAAAAACCCUCUCACUCUGUCUCUGUUUAUUCUGUCUGGCAAUCCUUCAGCUAAUUUGCUGACUUAGCCUCUGAGAGCAACAGCCAAUUUUUCGGGGUUCUGAUGUAGCCACCAGAUAUUCAAGCCAAGAAUGUUGUCCAUUAGUCACUGUUUGCAAAGAUA